AUGAGAGAGUGGGUGCCUCUUCUCAACCCGGCCAAGAAAUGGAGACAAGAGCUGCCAGACCUGAAGGUCAACGACGUGGUUGUAGUGGCAUCUAACGAAACACCACGUGGGCAAUGGCCGUUAGCACGAGUAAUGGAAGUCUAUCCCGGUAAGGAUAACCAUGUACGAGUGGUGAAGCUGCGUCUAGCAACCGGAGGCUGUGUAGAAAGAGGUGGUGUGUUAGACGUAGCAUUCAUACUGGAUGCUUCAGGUAGCGUUGGUGAUGGCAAUUUUGCUAAGAUGGUGAGCUUCACAAAGAAGAUGAUGGAUCGAUUUUCGGUGGCAACAAAUCGUGGAGAAGACGGGCGGUCUGCAUGGAGGCGACAGCAGCUGAGCAACAUAAGCAGUAGUGGCAGCAGUGACAGCGGCGGCGGUGGCAGCAGCAGCAGGAGCAGCAGCAGUAACAAUUGGAGAAACGACAGCUCUGGUACUGGCGCUGUGGGUCAGAGUCAAAGCCGGUUUGGAGUACUUCGCUACAACAAUAGUGCGAAUGUUGUGUUCGGCUUUGAUAUGUACUUGAAUCUAAGUUCAGUGCUGUCAGCUAUGGAUGGGAUGGCCAAGGUGACAAAAGGCUGUACCAACACAAGUGGUGCUCUAGAAGUAGCAGGAAUUGACUUAUUUGGCUUGUCAAUGAGCUGCACAUCUCUGGGUUGUCACCGCAAUUCUUCGUGCAGGUCUUAUUGCGGGAGUGCAUCCGGCAGCAGCGCCAGCAGCAGCAGCCGUGGCAGUGGAGGUGGAAGUAGUAGUCAGAAUGGCAGAGGAAGCAGCGGAAGCAGCAGUGGCAGCAGCAGCAGCAGCAGCAGCAGCGGCAGCAGCAGCAGUAGCGGCCGUGGCAGCAGCAGCAGCAGCAGCCGUGGUAGCGGCAGCAGCAGCAGCAGCAGCAGCUCAGGGUCGUCAUCUUCUGGUGAUCGAGGACGAGGACGAGGAAGAAGGAGCAGCUCAAGCGGUGUCAGAAGACGAGAAGUUAUUGUGCUGUUGAGUGACGGAAACUCCAAUGUUGGUGGCAAUCCUUCGGCCUGCGCUUCUGAGCUGCGUGCUAAGAACAUCGAGGUGUUUGCAGUGGGCAUCGGUAACGGAAUAGACCGGUCAGAGUUGGAAAGCAUCGCAAGCCUGCCAUAUCCUAAGCACGUGUUAUCGGUGCAGAGUUUUGAUGCAUUGGAGGAGACUGUGCUGAAGAAACUGGAGCAAUUUGUGUGCCCAGUUCGUGGCUGGGAUGUAUGGAGUAGCUGGUCGCAGUGCAGUUCCAGCUGUGGCGGCGGGAUACAGAGAAGAAGUCGAGAAUGCGGAAGCAAUGAGAGCAGUCUGUGUGUGGGAGAGAGCAGGCAGCAGCGCAAGUGUGGCAGCGUAGCUUGUCCAUCAACUCGUAAGGAAGGAGGCUGUGUAGAAAGAGGUGGUGUGUUGGACGUAGCAUUCAUACUGGAUGCUUCAGGUAGCGUUGGUGAUGGCAAUUUUGCUAAGAUGGUGAGCUUCACAAAGAAGAUGAUGGAUCGAUUUUCGGUGGCAACAAAUCGUGGAGAAGACGGGCGGUCUGCAUGGAGGCGACAGCAGCUGAGCAACAUAAGCAGUAGUGGCAGCAGUGACAGCGGCGGCGGCAGCAGCAGCAGCAGGAGCAGCAGCAGUAACAAUUGGAGAGACGCCAGCUCUGGUACUGGCGCUGUGGGUCGGAGUCAAAGCCGAUUUGGAGUACUUCGCUACAACAAUAGUGCGAAUGUUGUGUUCGGCUUUGAUAUGUACUUGAAUCUAAGUUCAGUGCUGUCAGCUAUGGAUGGGAUGGCCAAGGUGACAAAAGGCUGUACCAACACAAGUGGUGCUCUAGAAGUAGCAGGAAUUGACUUAUUUGGCUUGUCAAUGAGCUGCACAUCUCUGGGUUGUCACCGCAAUUCUUCGUGCAGGUCUUAUUGCGGAAGUGCAUCCGGCAGCAGCGGAAGCAGCAGCCGUGGCAGUGGAGGCGGAAGUAGUAGUCAGAAUGGCAGAGGAAGCAGCGGAAGCAGCAGUGGCAGCAGCAGCAGCAGUGGCAGCAGCAGCAGUAGCGGCCGUGGCAGCAGCAGCAGCAGCAGCCGUGGUAGCGGCAGCAGCAGCAGCAGCAGCAGCUCAGGGUCGUCAUCUUCUGGUGAUCGAGGACGAGGACGAGGAAGAAGGAGCAGCUCAAGCGGUGUCAGAAGACGAGAAGUUAUUGUGCUGUUGAGUGACGGAAACUCCAAUGUUGGUGGCAAUCCUUCGGCCUGCGCUUCUGAGCUGCGUGCUAAGAACAUCGAGGUGUUUGCAGUGGGCAUUGGUAACGGAAUAGACCGGUCAGAGUUGGAAAGCAUCGCAAGCCUGCCAUAUCCUAAGCACGUGUUAUCAGUGCAGAGUUUUGAUGCAUUGGAGGAGACUGUGCUGAAGAAACUGGAGCAAUUUGUGUGCCCAGUUCGUGGCUGGGAUGUAUGGAGUAGCUGGUCGCAGUGCAGUUCCAGCUGUGGCGGCGGGAUACAGAGAAGAAGUCGAGAAUGCGGAAGCAAUGAGAGCAGUCUGUGUGUGGGAGAGAGCAGGCAACAGCGCAAGUGUGGCAGCGUAGCUUGUCCAUCAACCCGUAAGGAAGGAGGCUGUGUAGAAAGAGGUGGUGUGUUGGACGUAGCAUUCAUACUGGAUGCUUCAGGUAGCGUUGGUGAUGGCAAUUUUGCUAAGAUGGUGAGCUUCACAAAGAAGAUGAUGGAUCGAUUUUCGGUGGCAACAAAUCGUGGAGAAGACGGGCGGUCUGCAUGGAGGCGACAGCAGCUGAGCAACAUGAGCAGUAGUGGCAGCAGUGACAGCGGUGGCGGCAGCAGCAGCAGCAGCAGGAGCAGCAGCAGUAACAAUUGGAGAAACGACAGCUCUGGUACUGGCGCUGUGGGUCGGAGUCAAAGCCGAUUUGGAGUACUUCGCUACAACAAUAGUGCGAAUGUUGUGUUCGGCUUUGAUAUGUACUUGAAUCUAAGUUCAGUGCUGUCAGCUAUGGAUGGGAUGGCCAAGGUGACAAAAGGCUGUACCAACACAAGUGGUGCUCUAGAAGUAGCAGGAAUUGACUUAUUUGGCUUGUCAAUGAGCUGCACAUCUCUGGGUUGUCACCGCAAUUCUUCGUGCAGGUCUUAUUGCGGGAGUGCAUCCGGCAGCAGCGGAAGCAGCAGCAGCCGUGGCAGUGGAGGUGGAAGUAGUAGUCAGAAUGGCAGAGGAAGCAGCGGAAGCAGCAGUGGCAGCAGCAGCAGCGGCAGCAGCAGCAGCGGCAGCAGCAGCAGUAGCGGCCGUGGCAGCAGCAGCAGCAGCCGUGGUAGCGGCAGCAGCAGCAGCAGCUCACGGUCGUCAUCUUCUGGUGAUCGAGGACGAGGACGAGGAAGAAGGAGCAGCUCAAGCGGUGUCAGAAGACGAGACGUUAUUGUGCUGUUGAGUGACGGAAACUCCAAUGUUGGUGGCAAUCCUUCGGCCUGCGCUUCUGAGCUGCGUGCUAAGAACAUCGAGGUGUUUGCAGUGGGCAUCGGUAACGGAAUAGACCGGUCAGAGUUGGAAAGCAUCGCAAGCCUGCCAUAUCCUAAGCACGUGUUAUCGGUGCAGAGUUUUGAUGCAUUGGAGGAGACUGUGCUGAAGAAACUGGAGCAAUUUGUGUGCCCAGUUCGUGGCUGGGAUGUAUGGAGUAGCUGGUCGCAGUGCAGUUCCAGCUGUGGCGGCGGGAUACAGAGAAGAAAUCGAGAAUGCGGAAGCAAUGAGAGCAGUCUGUGUGUGGGAGAGAGCAGGCAACAGCGCAAGUGUGGCAGCGUCGCUUGUCCAUCAACUCGUAAGGAAGGAGGCUGUGUAGAAAGAGGUGGUGUGUUGGACGUAGCAUUCAUACUGGAUGCUUCAGGUAGCGUUGGUGAUGGCAAUUUUGCUAAGAUGGUGAGCUUCACAAAGAAGAUGAUGGAUCGAUUUUCGGUGGCAACAAAUCGUGGAGAAGACGGGCGGUCUGCAUGGAGGCGACAGCAGCUGAGCAACAUGAGCAGUAGUGGCAGCAGUGACAGCGGCGGCGGCGGCAGCAGCAGCAGCAGUAACAAUUGGAGAAACGACAGCUCUGGUACUGGCGCUGUGGGUCGGAGUCAAAGCCGAUUUGGAGUACUUCGCUACAACAAUAGUGCGAAUGUUGUGUUCGGCUUUGAUAUGUACUUGAAUCUAAGUUCAGUGCUGUCAGCUAUGGAUGGGAUGGCCAAGGUGACAAAAGGCUGUACCAACACAAGUGGUGCUCUAGAAGUAGCAGGAAUUGACUUAUUUGGCUUGUCAAUGAGCUGCACAUCUCUGGGUUGUCACCGCAAUUCUUCGUGCAGGUCUUAUUGCGGGAGUGCAUCCGGCAGCAGCGGAAGCAGCAGCAGCCGUGGCAGUGGAGGUGGAAGUAGUAGUCAGAAUGGCAGAGGAAGCAGCGGAAGCAGCAGUGGCAGCAGCAGCAGCAGUGGCAGCAGCAGCAGCAGUAGCGGCCGUGGCAGCAGCAGCAGCAGCAGCCGUGGUAGCGGCAGCAGCAGCAGCAGCUCAGGGUCGUCAUCUUCUGGUGAUCGAGGACGAGGACGAGGAAGAAGGAGCAGCUCAAGCGGUGUCAGAAGACGAGAAGUUAUUGUGCUGUUGAGUGACGGAAACUCCAAUGUUGGUGGCAAUCCUUCGGCCUGCGCUUCUGAGCUGCGUGCUAAGAACAUCGAGGUGUUUGCAGUGGGCAUCGGUAACGGAAUAGACCGGUCAGAGUUGGAAAGCAUCGCAAGCCUGCCAUAUCCUAAGCACGUGUUAUCGGUGCAGAGUUUUGAUGCAUUGGAGGAGACUGUGCUGAAGAAACUGGAGCAAUUUGUGUGCCCAGUUCGUGGCUGGGAUGUAUGGAGUAGCUGGUCGCAGUGCAGUUCCAGCUGUGGCGGCGGGAUACAGAGAAGAAGUCGAGAAUGCGGAAGCAAUGAGAGCAGUCUGUGUGUGGGAGAGAGCAGGCAACAGCGCAAGUGUGGCAGCGUAGCUUGUCCAUCAACUCGUAAGGAAGGAGGCUGUGUAGAAAGAGGUGGUGUGUUGGACGUAGCAUUCAUACUGGAUGCUUCAGGUAGCGUUGGUGAUGGCAAUUUUGCUAAGAUGGUGAGCUUCACAAAGAAGAUGAUGGAUCGAUUUUCGGUGGCAACAAAUCGUGGAGAAGACGGGCGGUCUGCAUGGAGGCGACAGCAGCUGAGCAACAUGAGCAGUAGUGGCAGCAGUGACAGCGGUGGCGGCAGCAGCAGCAGCAGCAGGAGCAGCAGCAGUAACAAUUGGAGAAACGACAGCUCUGGUACUGGCGCUGUGGGUCGGAGUCAAAGCCGAUUUGGAGUACUUCGCUACAACAAUAGUGCGAAUGUUGUGUUCGGCUUUGAUAUGUACUUGAAUCUAAGUUCAGUGCUGUCAGCUAUGGAUGGGAUGGCCAAGGUGACAAAAGGCUGUACCAACACAAGUGGUGCUCUAGAAGUAGCAGGAAUUGACUUAUUUGGCUUGUCAAUGAGCUGCACAUCUCUGGGUUGUCACCGCAAUUCUUCGUGCAGGUCUUAUUGCGGGAGUGCAUCCGGCAGCAGCGGAAGCAGCAGCAGCCGUGGCAGUGGAGGUGGAAGUAGUAGUCAGAAUGGCAGAGGAAGCAGCGGAAGCAGCAGUGGCAGCAGCAGCAGCAGUGGCAGCAGCAGCAGCAGUAGCGGCCGUGGCAGCAGCAGCAGCAGCAGCAGCAGCCGUGGUAGCGGCAGCAGCAGCAGCAGCUCAGUGUCGUCAUCUUCUGGUGAUCGAGGACGAGGACGAGGAAGAAGGAGCAGCUCAAGCGGUGUCAGAAGACGAGAAGUUAUUGUGCUGUUGAGUGACGGAAACUCCAAUGUUGGUGGCAAUCCUUCGGCCUGCGCUUCUGAGCUGCGUGCUAAGAACAUCGAGGUGUUUGCAGUGGGCAUCGGUAACGGAAUAGACCGGUCAGAGUUGGAAAGCAUCGCAAGCCUGCCAUAUCCUAAGCACGUGUUAUCGGUGCAGAGUUUUGAUGCAUUGGAGGAGACUGUGCUGAAGAAACUGGAGCAAUUUGUGUGCCCAGUUCGUGGCUGGGAUGUAUGGAGUAGCUGGUCGCAGUGCAGUUCCAGCUGUGGCGGCGGGAUACAGAGAAGAAGUCGAGAAUGCGGAAGCAAUGAGAGCAGUCUGUGUGUGGGAGAGAGCAGGCAACAGCGCAAGUGUGGCAGCGUAGCUUGUCCAUCAACUCGUAAGGAAGGAGGCUGUGUAGAAAGAGGUGGUGUGUUGGACGUAGCAUUCAUACUGGAUGCUUCAGGUAGCGUUGGUGAUGGCAAUUUUGCUAAGAUGGUGAGCUUCACAAAGAAGAUGAUGGAUCGAUUUUCGGUGGCAACAAAUCGUGGAGAAGACGGGCGGUCUGCAUGGAGGCGACAGCAGCUGAGCAACAUGAGCAGUAGUGGCAGCAGUGACAGCGGCGGCGGCGGCAGCAGCAGCAGCAGUAACAAUUGGAGAAACGACAGCUCUGGUACUGGCGCUGUGGGUCGGAGUCAAAGCCGAUUUGGAGUACUUCGCUACAACAAUAGUGCGAAUGUUGUGUUCGGCUUUGAUAUGUACUUGAAUCUAAGUUCAGUGCUGUCAGCUAUGGAUGGGAUGGCCAAGGUGACAAAAGGCUGUACCAACACAAGUGGUGCUCUAGAAGUAGCAGGAAUUGACUUAUUUGGCUUGUCAAUGAGCUGCACAUCUCUGGGUUGUCACCGCAAUUCUUCGUGCAGGUCUUAUUGCGGGAGUGCAUCCGGCAGCAGCGGAAGCAGCAGCAGCCGUGGCAGUGGAGGUGGAAGUAGUAGUCAGAAUGGCAGAGGAAGCAGCGGAAGCAGCAGUGGCAGCAGCAGCAGCAGCGGCAGCAGCAGCAGUAGCGGCCGUGGCAGCAGCAGCAGCAGCAGCCGUGGUAGCGGCAGCAGCAGCAGCUCAGGGUCGUCAUCUUCUGGUGACCGAGGACGAGGAAAAAGGAGCAGCUCAAGCGGUGUCAGAAGACGAGAAGUUAUUGUGCUGUUGAGUGACGGAAACUCCAAUGUUGGUGGCAAUCCUUCGGCCUGCGCUUCUGAGCUGCGUGCUAAGAACAUCGAGGUGUUUGCAGUGGGCAUCGGUAACGGAAUAGACCGGUCAGAGUUGGAAAGCAUCGCAAGCCUGCCAUAUCCUAAGCACGUGUUAUCGGUGCAGAGUUUUGAUGCAUUGGAGGAGACUGUGCUGAAGAAACUGGAGCAAUUUGUGUGCCCAGUUCGUGGCUGGGAUGUAUGGAGUAGCUGGUCGCAGUGCAGUUCCAGCUGUGGCGGUGGGAUACAGAGAAGAAGUCGAGAAUGCGGAAGCAAUGAGAGCAGUCUGUGUGUGGGAGAGAGCAGGCAACAGCGCAAGUGUGGCAGCGUAGCUUGUCCAUCAACUCGUAAGGAAGGAGGCUGUGUAGAAAGAGGUGGUGUGUUGGACGUAGCAUUCAUACUGGAUGCUUCAGGUAGCGUUGGUGAUGGCAAUUUUGCUAAGAUGGUGAGCUUCACAAAGAAGAUGAUGGAUCGAUUUUCGGUGGCAACAAAUCGUGGAGAAGAUGGGCGGUCUGCAUGGAGGCGACAGCAGCUGAACAACAUGAGCAGUAGUGGCAGCAGUGACAGCGGCGGCGGCAGCAGCAGCAGCAGCAGGAGCAGCAGCAGUAACAAUUGGAGAAACGACAGCUCUGGUACUGGCGCUGUGGGUCGGAGUCAAAGCCGAUUUGGAGUACUUCGCUACAACAAUAGUGCGAAUGUUGUGUUCGGCUUUGAUAUGUACUUGAAUCUAAGUUCAGUGCUGUCAGCUAUGGAUGGGAUGGCCAAGGUGACAAAAGGCUGUACCAACACAAGUGGUGCUCUAGAAGUAGCAGGAAUUGACUUAUUUGGCUUGUCAAUGAGCUGCACAUCUCUGGGUUGUCACCGCAAUUCUUCGUGCAGGUCUUAUUGCGGGAGUGCAUCCGGCAGCAGCGGAAGCAGCAGCAGCCGUGGCAGUGGAGGUGGAAGUAGUAGUCAGAAUGGCAGAGGAAGCAGCGGAAGCAGCAGUGGCAGCAGCAGCAGCAGCGGCAGCAGCAGCAGUAGCGGCCGUGGCAGCAGCAGCAGCAGCAGCCGUGGUAGCGGCAGCAGCAGCAGCUCAGGGUCGUCAUCUUCUGGUGACCGAGGACGAGGAAAAAGGAGCAGCUCAAGCGGUGUCAGAAGACGAGAAGUUAUUGUGCUGUUGAGUGACGGAAACUCCAAUGUUGGUGGCAAUCCUUCGGCCUGCGCUUCUGAGCUGCGUGCUAAGAACAUCGAGGUGUUUGCAGUGGGCAUCGGUAACGGAAUAGACCGGUCAGAGUUGGAAAGCAUCGCAAGCCUGCCAUAUCCUAAGCACGUGUUAUCGGUGCAGAGUUUUGAUGCAUUGGAGGAGACUGUGCUGAAGAAACUGGAGCAAUUUGUGUGCCCAGUUCGUGGCUGGGAUGUAUGGAGUAGCUGGUCGCAGUGCAGUUCCAGCUGUGGCGGCGGGAUACAGAGAAGAAGUCGAGAAUGCGGAAGCAAUGAGAGCAGUCUGUGUGUGGGGGAGAGCAGGCAACAGCGCAAGUGUGGCAGCGUAGCUUGUCCAUCAACUCGUAAGGAAGUCAGUUCUUGA